AUGGGAAAUGGAAUUGUAGCUGGAGUUGUAACAGUUGCACUUCUAUAUGCUAUGGCUACUUCGUUAAUGCAAUUUCUUGAAUUGGCAAAAAAGGAUUUUUCUCCAACGUUAAAUCUCUCUAUUGACCCUAUUAAUAACCUUUUCAGUGCUACUCUUUCAGCAUUAUUAGUUACAGUCCUUUGCUUUUAUCUUCUUACAAAUAUGUAUUCACCAUUCGGACUUGAAGUUCUAUUUCCAAUUGAAAAAAGCAAGUGGUCAAAAUACAUGUUCACGCUUUUUAUUGCAGCUUCUAAUUUCUUUUAUUGCGGAUUUUUUGGAAUAAUUGCAGCAGCGUUCCUUUUUAUUGCUGCUACAACAGAUCUUGUGGUGAAUUUCAACGCCCAAAACGCAGAAACAGAAUUCGACGAUACUUUUGAAAUGGGAUUUUAA